UUCUUCCUCCUCAUCCAAUUCUUCCUCCUCAUCCAGAAGGGAGGCGGAUGAUAAGGCUGUGCUCUCAGUAUACUGAGGAAAGGCAACAAGAUAGCAACAGUGAAGAGAGGAAGGAGAAACCAGAAAUACUUUAAUGAUCCCAGAGGGAAAUUGCUGAAAGAAAAAUGUGUUAACAGGUGUUGUCCUGCUGUGAACUCACAGAAUCAGAAGACUCAGUAGAGGCCAUGCAUUGUGAUGGAGAAGGUGAUGAGGAGCUCAAGGAGAAGGCUUCAGAGGAGCAAGUUGGCAAUAACUCAGAGGUACAGAGGAGGUGGUGCACCUGAGGAGGGAAAAUAUGGAGCUUUGUGGCAGGGUCCAGGAGCUCAACCAGGCUCUGAGCACAGCUAAACGGAUUGCUGCUGGCUUGAAAAAAGGCCCAGCGGUGGUCAGCAAAUCCGUGCUCCAUCCCUGCAGGACAUCUGCUGGGACCAGCAAAGAACAGGGGGGUGAUGCCCAGCAGUCAACGUCAGACCUUCUGGAGCUCUCUGCAGACCGCCCUCCAUCCAGUCCUCCAUCACCUGCAGAGUCCUCCAAUGUUAGCCCACACAUAUCUCCCGCCUCCUCUGUGCACAAGGACGAGGAGGAGAAGAUGAUGGAGGAGGAGAUUCUUUUGAAGCCUAAAAUGAGCGAUCAUCCUCGCAUUCGUAGGCGCAGCUCAACAACUCGGAAGCUCCCUAUGACCUCCAGUGCUUGUUGCACAUGGAGCACCGGAAGAGGGAAGGGAAACCUGAUGCACCGGCUGGUGCUGCCCCGCUCCAUGGAGGCCUACGUAGAACGUUACCAUAGCUACCACACCAGCAAGUAUGGCAGCAGUAAAAUGAGGGAGGGGGUGGUGAGCAGAAUCAGCAGGCUGAAGAGCUUCUUGCGUUACAUGGCGGAUGGGCACAAGCUAAUUUCAAACUGGAAAUUUAUGUUCCACAUUGGCCGCAUCAACAGAUGGUUAGUGGAGCUGAGCAAAAGUGGGAAAGAGGUAACCACUCAGCGGUUCUACAUUUACCAGCUCCACCAAUUCAUAAGUUACCUGAAAAGGAACCGCCCCGACAGCUGA